AUGCCGUCCCUACCAGACCACGCCUUCACGAUCACGGGCGGCUGCAACUGCAGCGCCAUCCGCUACAAAAUAUCCGUACCAGCACUCGCGGACCGGCCACCGACGCACAUGAAAGUAUCCGUCUUCCUCUCACCCGAGAAGGCGAAGAAGGACUGGCGCCUGCCGACACUUGCCGUGUGCCACUGCGCCAGCUGCCGCCGCGGCUUCGGGAGCGUGGUGCCAGCGAUGGCGCAGUGCGCCGCGUACAUGGUCUCCGUCUCUGCUCUUCCCGUCAAGUCGACCGAGAAGGCAGAGGACGUCGGGACGGGCGGGUUUUCAGCUCUGGCGCCGAGGGAAUCGGCAGGAGAGCUGGACGGUAAGCGGCAAGCGGAGUUCCGCCCGGCGACCGAAGUGUUCAAGCCCGGGUCCGUGUCCGGGGACGAGGAGACGUGGGUCGGGUUCUACCACGCCUCCGGGUGCGUGCGGGAUGCGGCGCGGGUGUUUUGUGGGCGGUGCGGGGUGCACUUUGGCAAGGCUUACCGAAUCACGGAGGAGAUGUACGGGUUCAUGGACAAGCCGGCGGGCGGGUGGGACGAGGUGGUGAACAUCAACAUCGCGACCAUGGAUGACGAAUGGCUGGGACAGGAUUGGAUGGAGCCGGCGGCGCAGGCUUUUGGGGGAUUGUGGGGGAUUCCAUGGGUUGUGAGAACGGUAAAGAUGGGCGAGGACGAGGGCCAAGUGUGA